ACGAAAGGCAACAAUGUCUGUCUGACAUUUCGUGCUUUGCACUGUCGCUUAUAAUUCUCAUAUUAUUUCGUGCAUUAGCUUUGUAAGUCAAAUGAAUAUUGGACUUAAUUCACCGCAAUGCCUUGAAGAGCAUUAGUGCCUCAUAUUUUGCAAUGAAUUAGUAUUAGAGUUCAGUGUAACACUAUAAGUGUAUGUAAAAAUGGAUUCCGAAGGAUCCAGUUCUGGUCUGCCGGGUUCAGAUAACCAGGAUUCCAAUGAGCCCACCCCACCAGGAACCGUCGUAAGUUUUAAGACCACUCCACCCUCUCUGCCCCGCAAACUGCUCCCAUCAAGCAAAGGAGUAGAGAAUGCAAAGAAGCGUCUCCGAGCAUUUUCCAUCCAGAAGAAAACACCAAUCGCAACAGCUCCGCUGGUCAAACCUUCGAGUUCAGCUGGAGGGACAGGUACCACAGUGUUGAUCGGAAAGCUGUCAAGUGUGAAGCCUCCGGUUGCCAAGGUUGUUGAGGAUGAGUCCAAGAAACUUCCCAAGCCGCCUAAACCUGGAGCUAACAGGAAAAAUUUUCAGGACUCCUACACAGAAUUGCAGAAGCGCACUCUCGCUGAGAUCGAAGACAUGAAACGUAAGAUGGAGCUGGUGGACCUGGGGAUCCCGCUGGGGCUCAUUUGCCCCAGCUCCACGAAUGAGCAGGCCAUGCCCACUAAGGCUAUGCCACCGAUUAAGACUUUUCUGGAUGCGAGUAAAGUCGACGAGAUAAUAAGAGACGCAAAGAAAGCAAAGGCCGAAGGCAAAAAGUUCAAAUUCGACUACCAGAAGAUUCUGCCAGACUACGAUAACCCUUCCAGCGUAAAACAAGAGACGACGCCGAGAAGGAAAAAGAAGAUGGCGCAGAAAAAGAACAGACGCACAAGUCGCCGUGCCCUCCCAAACUUAACAGAAUCUCUGUCAGUAGAAGUGGGGAUAUUAAGAGGAAAAGUGACAGAUACGAUAGCUCCAGGAGGCAUUCUGGCAGAUAUGAUAGACCUAGAAAAAGCGAUAGAGACAAGUAUAAAGAUAAAUCAACUGAUAAGAGUAAAGAAAGGGAAUCUAAGAAAGAUACUAAAGAAUCAACUACAGGUGCAGAUACUGUUGUCGAACAAGACCCUAAGGAGACAGAUGUUAAUCUCAGCGAUUACUUGGUCUGUGACAGUUGGUCAUUGGACAAUGAAGACAAACCGAGCCCUCAUGUUGAUGACAAAUCUAAGGCAACUCCUAAAAAAGAAAACAAACCCAAAGAGGUUAAAGAAACCUUUAAAGAUAUAGACAAAACCACAAAAGAUUUAGAAAAAACGAAAGAGGAUCUGGAGAAAGAAGCUAUUUUAAAAGCAGUUGAGGUCCCAACUCUGCAAAAGAUAGAGAAACUGAAACCUGUCAUCGAUUCCUUUGAAUAUGAAAUAGAUCCAAAUGACGACGAAAUAUUAGACAUAUUUGGUGGGGAUUCUAAACUAGAAGACUUUGCUAAGGUCAAACCUAAGAAAAGCUUCGAUUAUAACCAAGAUACGAACAUGUCUGACAGUUUAGCGGAUGACAAUUUCCUAGAAUCAGUAAUAAAUGAAAUUAAGCAAGAAAAUAUAAGUGACGAUGACAGUCAAGACAAAGGUUUAGUUGAAUACGAUUCUCCUGUAGUUGAUUUUAAAUGUCAAGG